ACUCCCAGCUUCAGCUUACCCCACUCUGCAGCUCCGCUUUGCUCUCAAGCAGGAGGCCAUCAUGUCUUGCCGCUCCUACAGAGUCAGCUCUGGUCGCCGUGUGGGCAACUUCAGCUCUUGCUCAGCAAUGACCCACCAGAACCUGAACCGCUUCCGGACCAGCUCUGUCUCCUGCAGGAGUGGGCCCAGCUUCCGGGGUCUUAGUGGCUUUGGCAGUCGGAGUGUCAUCAGCUUUGGAUCAUGCUCACCCCGGAUAGCAGCCGUGGGCCCUCGUCCCAUCCGCUGUGGAGUUGGCUUUGGUGUUGGCAAUGGGAUGGCCUUUGGCUAUGGUGAUGGGAGCGGCGCUGGUCUGGGGUUUGGGUCUGGCAGUUGUGUUGGUCUGGGAUUUGGAGCUGGCAGUGGCCUUGGCUAUGGUUUUGGCGGCCCUGGCUUUGGCUACCGAGUUGGAGGAAUUGGAGUGCCAGCAGCCCCAUCUAUCACAGCAGUGACUGUUAACCAGAGCCUGUUGACCCCCCUCAACCUGGAGAUUGACCCCAAUGCCCAGAGGGUGAAGAGGGAUGAGAAGGAGCAAAUCAAGACCCUCAACAACAAAUUUGCUUCCUUUAUCGACAAGGUGCGCUUCCUGGAGCAGCAGAAUAAACUCCUAGAGACCAAGUGGAGCUUCCUGCAAGAGCAGAAAGGUACCAGGAGCAACCUGGAGCCCCUCUUUGAGAACUACAUCACCAACCUGCGGCACCAGCUGGAUGUAGUGAGCAGCGAUCGAGCCCGGUUAGAAGCUGAGAGGAACAACAUGCAGGAUGUCCUUGAGGGUUUCAAGAAGAAGUAUGAAGAGGAGGUGGUGCUCCGGGCCAAUGCUGAGAAUGAGUUCGUGGCUCUGAAGAAGGAUGUGGAUUCAGCUUUCUUAAAUAAGUCUGAUAUGGAGGCCAAUGUGGAUAGCCUGACUCAGGAAAUUGACUUCCUGAAAACCCUAUACAUGGCGGAAAUCCAGUUGCUGCAGUCACACAUCUCAGAGACAUCCGUCAUCGUGAAGAUGGACAACAGCCGGGACCUGAAUGUUGACGGGAUCAUCGCCGACAUCAAGGCUCAGUAUGAAGAGAUUGCCAGGCGCAGUCGGGCUGAUGCUGAGUCCUGGUACCAGACCAAGUAUGAGGAGAUGCGGGUGACAGCUGGCCAACACUGUGACAACCUGCGCAGCACUCGUGAUGAGAUCAAUGAGCUGAACCGCCUGAUCCAGAGGCUGAAGGCAGAGAUCGAGCAUGCCAAGGCUCAGCGGGCCAAGCUGGAAGCCGCGGUGGCCCAGGCGGAGCAGCAGGGCGAGGCGGCCCUCAAUGAUGCCAAGAGCAAGCUGGCAGAUCUAGAGGGCGCCCUUCAGCAGGCCAAGCAGGACAUGGCGCGCCAGCUGCGUGAGUACCAGGAGCUGAUGAACGUCAAGUUGGCCCUGGACAUCGAGAUCGCCACCUACAGGCGCCUGCUAGAAGGCGAGGAGAUCCGGAUCUGUGAAGGUGUUGGACCAGUAGACAUAUCCGUAAGCAGCUCCCGGGGCGGCGUGGUGUGCGGGCCUGAUGCCCUGGUCACCAGCUCCGGCCUCUCCCGUGGCGGCGUCACUUUCUCCGGCGGCAGCAGCAUCCGGACCAGCGGCUUCUGCAGCUCUAGCGUGGGCGGGUCCCGGGUGAGCGCGGGCUGCGGAGGGGGCUCCGUGCUGGUGGGCGAGGCCUGCGCCCCCAGCGUCCCCUGCCCGCUGCCCACCGAGGGCGGCUUCAGUAGCUGCAGCGGCGGCCGCAGCAGCCGCGGUGCCAGCGUCCGCUUCGUGUCCACCACCACCUCCCACCGGACCAAGUACUGAGAGCCGAGUGCAGCCAGCCGCCGCCCCAGAGGAACCGUCUCCGUACCUCCCGCUUCUGUCCCCCGCGUACCCCGACUCUGGCCAGAGGCCACUCUUACCUACUCUUCCUGCCAAGAAGCCAAGGGCUGCUCUGCCUGGCCCGUGUCCUGCGGUCUGACUUCUUCCUUUGGGUUACUGCUCGCCACCCAGUCCCACAGCCUCAAGAAAAGCAGAUUCAAUACAAUUUCAAAUAUCAGAGCGUUGGGGGAGAAAGGAACACUGCAUCGCCAAAAUGAACGCGUCUGGCACCACCGCAUCCCAGCUUUCAAUGAACAUGGAGAAUGGAGAGUGGACUUUCCACACAGCCGAUGUCUUCGGCCCAUUGUCCUCUGCCUCCCUCCCUUUCCUUUCUUUCCCUGGCAGGAGAAGGUUCUUUCCCUCUCUUCCUGACCCAGAAGGAUCCCCCGUCUUUGCUGGCCCCAGGGAUCCCUGCAUCCCCAGAGAUGGGUCUUCUCCGAGUGGCACAUGUGCUGGCUGCCUCUCUUCCUGGGUUGGUGGUUUAACCCUGGCCUGUGAGUCCAUGCGGUGGGUGGGUGCUGAUGGAGAGGUGGGCCCUACCACACCCCCACACCCCUGCUGGAGGUGUGAGGGAGGCCCAGCCCUUUCCCCUGCAGGAGGGUUUGUGUCUGUAAGCUCCAGGGAGGCCUGGGCUGGGGCGGGUCCCUCUUCGUACUGCUCUUUGU